CGAUAUUUCCUCAAGGCCAACCAGCCGGGUCGAUAAUACUGUCCGGCGUGUUAUGAUCCAGAAUCCAAAGCAGUCACCUGUGUACUGUCCUGGACAUUCACGUCCGGUUGUUGAUAUCUGUUAUAGCGGAGAGACAGAUUGCGGACAUCUUUUCAUCACUGCUUCAAAAGAUGGUAAAGCAAUUCUACGCCAAGGUGAUACAGGAGAUUGGAUUGGAACAUUUUUAGGUCAUAAAGGAGCUGUCUGGUCAUGUGUCUUAGAUAAACAUGCUACUAAGGCUGCUACAGGGGCGGCGGAUUUCACUGCCAAAGUAUGGGAUGCAAACUCCGGUUCGGAGCUCCUUUCAAUCACCCAAGAUCAUAUUGUUCGGUGCGUUGACUUGAGUAAAACUGACUCAGGCGCAAAAUUACUCACUGCUAAUAACUGGAAAAAGAUUUCUGUCUAUGAUCUAAACGCUCCUGAAUCACCCAUAUCCGUAUUCGGGGGACAUGAACAAAUAAUUCGUCGACUGCUAUGGUGUGGCGAAGAUAAACUUGCUUUAUCCAUAUCGGAGGAUAAAACUAUCCGCUUGUGGGAUCUCCGAGAUAUUCUGAAGCCAGCUGCAGUUCAUCAGAUAUGGUCCAAGGAAUUAUCAGACCCAGUCAACGAUAUUCAAUUCCAUAUCCCUUAUAAUGAAGAUCAAGUGAAAGCUGUGGUAGCAUGUGGAAACUCAAUUCAGACUUAUACGUUUGACUGGCGUUAUAGCAACUUGGUAGAAGCACCUGAAGCUUUCCCGAAAUUCAGUCUAUCGUGUCCAGUAAAUUCUGUCAGCUUGCAUCCCACUAAAAAAUUACUUGUAUGUGGUGGAGAUGAUCACAUAAUAUAUCGAUUAAAUUCGGAAACUGGUGAAAUAUUAGAAACCUGCAAGGGACAUUUUGGCCCUCUACAUUGUGUUCGAUUUUCUCCUGAUGGACACGUUUUUGCAAGCGGUAGUGAAGAUGGCACUGUUCGUUUGUGGCAAACUGUUGUUGGAAGUGACUUUGGAUUAUGGAGAUUGACUGUACCGAGUGAAGUUUCUUCUGUUAAUUGCUCAAAUUUAUCUGUAUCUGCCAAAGAUCACUGUAGCACGAAUUUAGCCGAAGUACCGGCUACUGGUGAUACUAUUAAUAGUUGAUCCUUUUACAUAUAUUUUCAUUAUGAAUCUCAUCAGAAAUAUUAUUGUGGUUUUUAUAAUCCAUACCAUUAUGUUAAUGUUAUGGUAAAUUCCAACCAUAAACUACUUCUGCUGAGAAAUAAGUAAGAGGACUUUGUACAGUACUGACCUCAGUCGUCAACCCUGUCAACAGUUUUUUGAAUAGAAUAUUUUUGAUAAAAUAUAAAAUUUAUUUACUCGUA